AUGGUCUUCCUGGGUCAUUGUGCUGGGCACGUUGCGCACGUAUGUCUCCUCGGCAUCACAAGGCGGCUCUGGCGUCGGCUGCCGCGUCUGCUCAUGUGCGCAGUGCUCUUAGCGCUGCUUCUGCUCUGUAGCACCACCGCUCUCGUCGCAGCCAUCACAACCAUCACGCCCCUCCUGAACAUCACCCCCACCGACAAAGCCAACCCUGACGACUACUACAAGCUGUUGGUCGCCCAGGAUGCUACCAUUGUGGCCGGCAGCACCACUGCUCUUAGUAGCGACGGAAUCGCCUAUCCGAAGCUUAACAUCGUUAAAGGAUUGCGGUCCAUCUUCAACAAUUCGCGGGUGCCAACGCCGCUGAGCACUUCUACGCUGACGGACACCCCCCUGAGGACCUUCCCUGCUGACGCCCUGUCGGAGCUUCUUGUAGUGAUGGCGCUCCUCUACCUCGACUCCACCAGCGCGCUGCCGUUCGCCCUCCAUGCGCCGAUCCCGUCCACGUGCCUGCCGACCUCCUACGCCGGUGGCCCCACCCUCGUCAACCCGUCCUUUCCGAAUGUGCCCAUCACUCUCAACAUGCUGCUGCUGCAUGUCUCCUCUAUCACCGAGACGAGCCCUGACUUGGGCACCCCAGCUGGGCCCUCCGGCGCCGCGCCGAGCCUCUCCACUUUUGUCAGCUCCCUCCUCUCCGCCACGGGCGCGCCACUCUUCAGCGCCAGCCAGCCCGGCCUAUCUAGCAGCUACACCCACUCGCACGCCAACGUGGCGAUCGUCGCCUACAUCGUAGAGCAGGUCUUGGCGAAGUCGACAAACCACUCGACCCUCUCCGGCAUCGGCGAGUUUCUCUUCGGUGUCGUGCUGCCACCGCUGCAGCUGUCGUGCAGCUUUUUACUAAGCCGCGACGGUCAUGUCAUCGGCACACCCGACCCCUUUCCUAACAGCUGCACCCGCCAUGUGCUGAACGACGUCGCCCGCCAGGCCCUUAACCGCAGCGGCAGCGGCAGCCUGGAGAGUUAUCCCAUCCAGGCCCUGUACUUUUCCGAUCACACGCUCUUUACGACCAGCGCAGACAUGGCGAAGUUGACGACAGAGUUGCUGGUGCCGGGCGGUGUCUAUCACGCUACCAUUGGUGCCCUGAUGCUCCAGAACGUGGUGGCGAUUACAGCGCCGACGAUGCCCUACACGGAGGGACGCGCAGCCGGUCUCUUCCUGUUCAGCGCGAACAGCCUGUGCGUUACGAUGUACGCCGCCAUCUCCUACAGUGGCAGUGCGCCGUACUGCCACUACAGCUCCUCGACAGUGUCCGACUCAGCACCGCCCUUCGGGCUGGUCGCCUCUGGUGGCAUGAAUGAUGAACUCGCCAUUCUGUGCGUCCCUGUCGUGAGCAACAAGAAGAUAUUUUGCUCCAUUGCUGAGCUUUCCUUCUCCGACGCUGGCUGUCGCCGGACCAACGUGGCAACAGCGGGGAGCCGCGCCGUCGGGCUUGCCAUGGUGAGCUUGGCGCGCUUGACGAGUGAGCCUAUCCCAGCGAGUGUAGCCCCAAGGUCUCCACCAAAGACCCAAGCCGUGAGCGGAGGGUUCGUCGUCAUUGGAGUAGUCGCCACACUCGUGGUUGUGAUCGUCGCCUCCUACCUCACCGACUACUUCAUCCAGCCGCCGCCGCCAGUGAAAACUAUAGCACCGAUUUCGAAGGGUCAAAUCAACCUGCGGAGUGGCACCGCGCUGAAUAACCCCAACGGCGACCGCGGCGCAGUGGACGGAUCUGACAGACCCGUCAGCGGCGAGCUCCCAAUGGCGCUUCACGAGAACGGUGGAAACGAUGGCGCUGAGGAGCUGUACAGUGGGGCAGACGACGAGGUGCCGUACCUCAUGCAUAGCGGUGGCCCUGCUCGUGGCGGCUCGUCACUAUGUCAGCAUCGCCCGCUCCAGCGUCGGUACCGUGACAGCAGCGAAGUGAACUCGCCCAACGGCGGCUCCGACUCCAGUGGUGAUGAUUGCUGGGGCGAUAGCCAGGACGGCACGGAUCGCUUCCCCACAGGGUCACAGAGGCCCAACCCGAACGGCAUUCUGCGCUUCGACGCCUACACGUAG